UUUCGAGGCUGAAGUAGUAAUUGUGAUUUUGGUUUUUCCUUUCCCUUACCAAUAUCUGCAGCUCUGCUGUCCCAGCGAUCAAAACUAUACUGAAACCCUGUAUUUAGCGGAUUAUCCAGCUCCCCGAAGAUGUUUUAAAUGUUUUUUUAAGUGUAGCUAUCACAUGCUGGUCCCUUCCCAACGGUCAUCUACCGCAGUUUCGUUUUCAUAUUGAAAAAUAUUCUAUCUUACAUUUUCUGUAGAACUAAACUCUCUACUUUAAAAGUUGCGAUCAUUAAUUUUCCUAAAAUCUGGCUUGGGCUAGUAUAUCCCUGUUGCCUGCAAUGUGUUCUUUACCUGCAACUCGUCGUCAUCGAUCGUAUUAUCGCUUCUUUUCGAGCGAUGCAGACAUGGAACGGUACGCCUUUUUUCAAAAUGUAACGAACGAUUUGAUUCGUUGAAGUGAACUUUCGCGCUCGGAAUCAGCCAAUCAGAGAAGGUUUUAGAAUCUUGGGACAUUUCAGUCUCCAACAAACAUGGGCGCUAAUCGUACUGUCGUCGUGCUUCCCACGUCAAAAUCGGCCAAAAUUGUGAAGUGGAAAGUUAGUGAAGGGACAAUCGUGUACGAGGGGCGUGUUAUUUUGUUGUAUGAUUUAAAUACAAAUGGUGACGAAGGUGGACAGAAGAGAUUGAAAGCAACCGAGGUCGGAACCGUUCGCAGGCUCAUCGCCAAGGAGGGGGAAAUUCUUGAACCAGGGCAGCCGUUGCUAGAAAUUGAGAAGGGUUGCUCACAUCCAACAGUCAUCAACGAUCUCUGUGCUGAAUGCGGUGCCGAUCUCCGUAAGCAAGAGGUUACCACUCCGCAUGCCUCUGUGCCAAUGGUACAUAGUGUCCCUGAGCUGAAAGUUAGUGAAGAGCAAGCUGAAUACCUGGGCAAAGCUGAUGAAGAAAGGCUUUUAAAAGCAAAGAAACUAGUCCUUCUUGUAGAUUUAGAUCAGACACUAAUCCACACAACAAAUGAUAAUAUUCCGAAUAACAUCAAAGAUGUGUAUCACUUCCAGUUGUACAGUCAGCACUCCCCUUGGUACCACACUAGAUUGCGGCCCGGAACGCAUGAUUUUCUGACGCACAUUAGUGAAUUUUAUGAGUUACACAUUUGCACUUUUGGAGCUCGGAAUUAUGCUCAUAUGAUUGCUCAUUUUUUAGAUCCAGAUGGAAAAUUUUUCUCGCAUCGAAUAUUAUCCAGAGAUGAAUGUUUCGACCCAAAUUCUAAAACAGCAAACUUGAAAGCAUUGUUUCCUGUAGGGGAUAGAUUGGUGUGUAUAAUUGAUGACCGUGAAGAUGUAUGGAACUAUGCUCCUAAUUUAAUUCAUGUCAAACCUUAUCAUUUUUUUCAACAUACUGGUGACAUCAAUGCUCCACCUGGUCUAACCAAAAGGGAAAAUGAUGAAUCAGAGAGUGGAUUUGAUUUUUCAACUCUCGUUAAAGGAAUCACAAUGAAGAAAAAAGAGCUGAAACCUCCAAAACUCUCUAGUGAAAGUGAAACAGAAGAUGGGGAACUGAAAGAAGCUGUCAAAUUUAGAAAGUCUGUGAAGGGAAAGGGUAAGAGACAAUCAGAAGGCAAGAAAUGCUCGGAGUCUGACUCAGAUUUCCCUUCAUCUGAGUCGAAUUCAAAUGAUGAAAAGUACUCCUCUAAAACAACCGAACCCAAAAAAGCACUAACAGUUAUCAAAGAAGAAGGUGAAGAAGUACCAGAAAAAAUGGCAGAUGAAACAUCAAAAUCGGAAGUAUCUCCCGUUGAAUCCUCUGAAAACUCAGAAGAAUGCGUUUCUAAAGGCGAUACCACAGUGAAAGAGGAUGAGACAGCUGGAAUCGAGGAUUUGAAAAAACCCUGUGAAAGUGUAAACUUAACGGAAUCUUCAGAGAGCGUUACAGCAAUAACAGAUACAGCAGUUGUUGAUAAGGUUAAUGAGGAUUCAAGUCCUACAAAGAAUGAGAGUGAAAUAAAAAAUGAAGGAAAAUCAGUGGAAUUAGAUUCGGAAGAGAUAACGCCAUUAGAAGUGAAUGAAGAUACCUUGUCUAAGAUCUCAGGACAAGAAACAAAAUCGAAUGUAAAUGAAGCCUCAUCUAAUGACACAUCUAGCAUCGACCAGUCUAUCAAAGAAGAUGAUGCUUGUGAAGAAAGAAAAAUGGAAGUGGAUGACAAAGCAGUCCUUUCUGAAGUGAAGGCCCAGGAAAAUCAAUCUCUGAAGGAAUCGUCCGAUUUAGAAACUAAUAAGAUGGAAAUUGAUAAGAAUGAAGAUUCAUCAGGUAGCGAUUUGUUUGAUAAAGAUAGACUAGAGUUAUCGGACUCUGACAAUGAGAGGAGACUCUUGGAAUUGAGCAGCUCCGGAGAAGAGGAAAAAUUAGAUUCAAAUUUAGGUAAUGAUGAAAAUGGCAAAAGGAAAAAGAAAGAAAAAAGAGUGAAAUUCACUGACGAAAAAAUUGAAAGCAAUCUUGUGGAAUUGGAAGAGACCGACGAUUACCUGUUGUACUUGGAGGAGAUUUUGAAAACAAUCCAUAAAUCUUUUUACGCUGAGUAUGAAGCAACUCAAGUCGCACCUGAUCUAAAGUCGAUCAUUCCAAAAGUUAAAAAGCAGGUUCUUGCUGGAAGUUACCUAGUUUUUAGUGGAAUCAUUCCAACGCACGUUGAGCUGGAAACAACAAGAGCGUAUAUGGUGGCAGUUUCAUUAGGAGCUGUGGUGACCAAAGAGAUCGAUGAAAAUACAACUCAUGUGGUUGCGGUUAGGAAUGGCACUGCAAAAGUUAAUGCAGCUAGGAGGAAGAGGCACAUAAAAAUUGUAACUGCUGACUGGCUGUGGCUUUGCGCGGAACGUUGGGAAAAAGUCGACGAAAGGUUAUAUCCUGUGAUGGGUUGUGAAAACCGAUCUUCCAGGCAUCCACCAGCUCACUGCAGUAGUCCUGAACAUUCUCCUAAUCGUGAAAUUCCUAAUCCAAAAGUUCCUCAGUCCAAUUUUCCUGUGCCAAACGAUCGAUUUAUGGAUUCUAUCAACCCUCUCAUGUCAUUCUCAUCAGAGGAUAUUGCGACCAUGGCAGGCGAAGUUGAAGAUAUAUUAGGUAGCUCAGAAAGUGAUUCUGAGGAAAAGACUGUAGGACCAUCCCAAGUAAUUGAAACACUUGCACAAAGUCAAGAUUCUUCGAAUUCAAGUAGCAGCUCUGGAGACUCUCUAACCGGUGAAAACGUCAGAGGCUGGUGCUCCCGUAAGAGACGGAGGGAAGCAACGGACACUGAAGUAGAUGCAGACAUAGAUGAUGAGGAGGAGGAAUCAUUAAGUACAAAGUUCCGACGAGGUGAAGCUUUACCCAGUGACCUAGAUCUUGGUGAUGGUGAUGAUGAUGACAGUGUGGGCAGCGAUGAACCACCUGAUGAAAUUAGCGAUGGUGAUUGGAAUAUGUUAGGCGCAGCCUUAGAAAAAGAGUUCCUCGAAGGCGACUAGACAGGCUUUACUGAGAUGCUGCUUGUGUGGCAGCAUAAGGUAACCUAAAAUUGUUCAAAUUUAAUAGUAUCUCAUCCAGUAGUCAGGCACUCCUGUAUCAUGAGAUGUUUGUUUGAAUAUUGAACAGCAUCUGUUCUGUAUAGUGUUUUUUUGUUUGUUAAUUUUAAGCCGGCUUUCAAGUAGUCGCAAAUCUUGUUAGCCAAACACACUCAAUAAUAUUUUUUAACAUUUUAAAGAGUCAGGCAUUAAUCUUUGAAACCCUUUACUCCCUUACCCAUUGUGUAUCCCGGCAUGUUUUUUUCUUUUUCUUUUAUAAAGAAAAUUAUCCUCUCACUAUUCAGUUGAAUAAUACUGCUGUACUGAGUCCUUGAAAAAAAAUGCCAGCAUUACAAAAUUAUGGCUGACUUGUAGUUGAGGGAUGUCUCUGAUUUGUUGAGUGAAUUAGCUUACAUAUUUUUGGUAUAUUUAUCAGAUAUUUUGAAUGGAAGAUUUCUUAAUGACCAAAAAUGCCAAACAUUCAAAGUAGAAAUUUACACUGUUCAGGCUGCAGAAUAAUACUCGCUUCUAUUUUGUUCUUGUUAUGUUUGAAUACCUCUCAUUUUCUCUCAAUUUGUCACCAGAUUUCUGUACUAGCUUUCCUACUCAUCAGAACAUUUCAAGAUUUUGUUCAUAACGUAACAGCUAGGCACCAGGGGCUGUUCGAGUAUUCCAUGAGGCAUUUUUUAGUUCUUCUCUACCUCCCCCCAUCAACUCGUAAAGCCCUUUAUCUUUCUGGAAUCCUCCUUCAGAGGCAUCAGUUUAUCUCCCUUCCCUUUGGAUUUCCUAUGUGAUACUCGAACGGCCCCUCAUCAUUGAGUUCUUAGUCAAUGUUUUCAUGAAAAGCAUAUUUUUUAUCAUAAAAAUCCUGGUAUUUUAUAAUAUCUUAUGCUCCUAUUUCUAUAGAGUCUGAUUUUAGUCAUGAUAUAAUCAAUGAUAAAAAAAAAUAUUUGAAAUACUAGUCCAUCUCCCUAUAGAAGAACGUCUAAUUUUAUCCUAGGUAAAUUAAUUUCAAGAAAAAGAUGGGCACUUUUCUGAAAUUCUGGGAAAUUUCGCAAUUGAAAUAUAUUAAUGUUUGGCAGAGCAAAACAAGUCCAUGAAUUUUAUCUGAUUAGAUGGUUGGAAUGAAAAUGUUGGGCGAUCUGUCUGGUUUCUUAAAAGUUUGCCUCACAACCACUUUUUCUCUUUUUGGCUUCCUCUCAAAUAAUGAAUGCUAUAGGAGAAUUAAAAAAGAUCCAGAUAAGAUGACCUAUAAUUAAGACGAUGCCAUUUUCUGAAUGUUUUUGUGAAAGUCACCUAAAAAUCAAUGGAAUUCAGUAUUCACAUCACCGCAGCAAAACAAAAGUAACUAAAGUAAAUCCUCUAUUUAUUCUGUGAAUGUGAUCCAUUCCUCAGGAAACUGGUGAAAACAUACAUUUUUAACUUUUGGUAAUCUAACCUAACCAUAGGUAAUCUCCAUUCAGGUAUUUCAAUAUUUCCGCUCCUAUUUUAUUUUUUCGAAGAGAAACAAGCACUUGAAAUUGGUACAGAAUAAGCUGUCGAAUGUGAAGGAACAUCAAGAAGAUUUUUAGGACAUUAUGUCUACUAAUUUUCCAAAGAAAAAAUAAUGUAUGAGAGGAAGUCUGCAACGUGGCAGAUGGCCGUAUGUGGUUUCAAACUUAGGUCAUCGAUAUGUUUAAAGAUAAUUCAACUAAUUUUGUAUUCACAGGAGAAACAGUGCCUGCCUUGUUUGCCUGAACCAUACACCACUGCUUCUAAUAAACUAUUUAGGGCGGCAAAAGAAAUGCUACUGAGCACCAUUUAUUUCAAAUUUUUCCAACCUCACGAUGCCAGACAAAAUCAUUGGUUAUGAGAAUUUGAAUAAAAAUACACUAAACAAUAUUUUAGGAUAUUUAACUGACUAUUUUCUAUUCACACUAGUCAAAGCUUUCUGUGUAAGAAUUUUCAACCUCAUAAAAAUCACCAUUUAUGUGAUGAACUGCAUAACUGAUGGGAGCAUUGGGAGCGCCUGUCCCUUAUAAAAUACCUUGGAAUAUUUCUGUGUCUUACGGAAAAUAUUAGAUCCGGGUGAAGUAGGACAAAUGCUUUAUUUUAUUAUUACUGACUCUUAUUUCUUAGAAUAAAAUGCUGUUCAUGAGCUAGUCACUUGAUUAUUUAUUUACUAUUUGAAUAUCGUGUAAUUAAGUUGAUCGUUAGUGCCUUGAGGGUUUAUUUGUUUAUGACUUUGUAGUGGUGUAACAACAGACUCUUGUCUAAAGUGGAUUGAUUUCAAAAAUUGUUUCGUCAAUAAAUCUUGACAAUUUUCAUGGCUAAAUUUCAAUGGAGCAGUCUGCAUGAAUUUUCCUUGAAACAGUAAAAUGUAUUUAUUUUUGUUAGUGAUCUAUCAUGUCCUAAUAAUUGUUAGAUUUUUCUGCAUUGUGUUUUUAAGAUCGAGACUCAAAUUAUAUUGAAAGUUCUCUAUUGCAUUUGUUUAGUGAGCAAAAUGCCCCAGUACAAAAAUGUGCCCUCACAGUCUUGUGUUACUACUCACAAAACAAAACUGAAAAAAUAUAAUCUUGUUUUAGAGCUGGAGUUCUGCAAUGAAGUUAUCUAGAAAGGAAGCAAUAUUUGAAGUAAUAGUAAAGUAGCAUUUCAUGCCCUCUUGUUUUAUACUUCCUACCUACUUUCAGGAUGUAAAAACUACCUGUCCUCAUGAUUAAAUUUGAAAUUGUUUUGUUUAUAAUUUUAACUUCCUUUGUACCUACCUAGUGAGGGAAUUUUUUGACACUUUGCAAUAACCCAGAUUGUAAGUAAUUGGACCACUGGACUGGGCAUGAAAUUAAGCAUCCAAUUAUAUAGUUCCUCAUCAAAAUUUUACAUAGAAUGCGAUGAACAAAUUAAAUCUCUCCAAAUUCAACUCAUAAGUCGAAAAAUAACAGUUUUUUUCCAGGUUGAUUUGCACUUUCCGUUGACGAAAAACUAGAAUCUACUCUUGUCAAAGCGAGCACUGAACUGAUUUCGUAUGUUUUACGAUGGAAGAAUUUUCCUGUACACUAAUUUUUUUUUGACAAGAUUAAAGGUUUCUUGAAUAAGAGUAGGAAGGAAAUGUGUUCCUUACUAUUUCUGCGUGAAUUAUUUGCAAAACAUACAGGUUGAUUGAUUUGUCUGCCUGAUUUGGUCUGUGAGGCUAAUGGUUUUUUAUGAGCAGAAAGUUUGAAUUUUUUGUUUAUAAUGUGAACUUCUAACUUGUGGUUAUAAUCUAACUUAUGAGUCGGUUAUGGAAAUUUUUAAUUUUUUUAACAAGUUUUGCUUGAAAUUUCGUUAUGAAAACAUGUGCUGUAGUACAGAAUUUCUUAACCUGUGUAGUGGUCCAUUUUGCAAGGGAGACUUCUGUCAAUGGACACAUCAAAACAGGGUUCCCACAGUCAGGGAAUAUCAGAAGAACCGAGAAAAUGUCAGAGAAUUUUAAAAAGUCAAAGAAAACCUCAAAAUGUCAGGAAAAAUGGUGGAAGUGUUAAGGGAAAAUUGUCAAGUCACCUUGUUUUGAUUUCUAGGUAGAAUGCGUUCGACAUUUGGAGCAAAAGAUUUUGUGUGAAAACUAUUUCAAAUUAUGUCUUUUCAACCAUCUAGCAUACCUCCAAUUAUCAAGGAAUUUAAUUUUCUUUGUGGCAACCCUGUUAAAAGAUUGUUAUCAUGGAUAUCAUACAUUUUCAGAAUCUAAAUUAUUAAUUCUGAUGAUACUCAGAGUAUGAAAAUUAGUAAUGUCUACCCUCUUUGAUCUCUGAUUCUACAUGUUCAAUUGGGAUGUAAUAAUUUUCUGCACCAGUCAACAGCAGUUAGGUGAAGGAAGAGGGAAUGCCAUUGAGAUUACAAGAAAGAUGAGAGUGGGUGAUAAUGCGAACUUUGCAUAAAACGGAGCAAGUAAAUUGAAUUACUUGCCACCAUGGAAUUAAGUAUUCAUCUACUGAUCAGUGGGAAUUUUUUUUUAUUAUUUAUAGAUUUUACUUUUUAAUAUCAGGAGCAAUAAUUCAUUUUGUAAUCUAAAGCUAUUUGUACAUCCAUUAAAUUACAUACUUAAGUACACCUGUGAAAUUUGUUAUUAUGCAUGCAUAAAUGUACUCGUCAUGUUAACCGUUGGAGGGACAUGUUGACUGUUCAGCGCAGGUGACUUUGACUGGAUGAUCCAAACUCUGUAAUUCUUCAUACAUUUGUCAGAUCCACCAUUUAGCAGUGGUAAAUUUUGUUGUUAGGAUUACUUGUAAGUGUAAGAAAGAAUGUAUUGGAGCAGUUUCAGUUGUCUCCAGUUGGACAGUGCUCAGCUAUUAGAAACUUUCUGCAUGUAACAGUUCAUAACUCUCUUCAAUUUUUCACAUUUUAACCCAACACCUAGCCUUAUCACUUGAGUCUUUGUCACUCAUUUCUUGUGUUCCCUCAAUAUAAAUAGAAUGUUGAAGAUUGGAAAUGGCAAAAAAAUGUAUACCUCAAUUGCAGCAUUAUAAACCUUCAAUUAUGUUCUAAUUUCUUCAAGGGAAACUAAUAAAAAUGUUUCCUCGUGAUUGUUUUUUUGAAUGCAUGAAGAAAAUGAGAGAAAAGUCACAGGGAAUUUCAAAAGAAAAGGUUUGUUAUUUUUCCUUCAGAAAAAUAAUUUAUAAUGUAUUUUCCCUUAUAUAAAUAAUUUUUCCUUCAGAAAAAUAAAACAUGAGUAGUAGCACAUAACGUUGCAAUCUAAGAUAAGCAUUUUUCGACUUUACCCAUCAAUAUUAUAUGUUUUACGGCAAAAUCAGUGCAUAAGUGAUCACUAUUUCUGUUUAGAAUUUUUAGGGAAUAUUUUUAACAUAGUUAAAAAAAUUUAAUAGGAAAUUUAAAAGCGAUAAUUCUUGAUGCUUUUCAAUUCGAAAAAUCAAACCUACUUGACAGUUAUGAACGCCUGUGUGCAGAAGGCUUACUGUGGUCAGUGACUGUCCAAUUCGACUGAUAUUUAUAAAAUGUCAAGGUCUUAUUUAACAAACUGAAUGCAGAACUUGGAACUUCUUCCCGUGCUAAUACUCAAACAUUUUGUUUUGUUAUUACCUACUAUUUUAGUGUUUCCCUCAUUUUAAAGUUAAGAUGACAAAUUUACCUGUAAUAGUUUUUCAACUACACUCCAAGAUGUCUCAUACCUACAUUACUGAAAGAUCACAAUAAAUAAAGUGACAAUGGUUAAAAAA